AUGUCCAGCCCACCUCGCGAGGUGAGCCCCUCGGCCACGCCCGACGAAUCGAACCCCAGACCAUCCACCGAAUAUGGUCCCUCGCCCGUCCCGUCACCGGGGACGCAAGUCGAACCGUCUCACAGCAGCGACACCGGGCAGCAAGAAGACGUUGCUGUCCCUGACCUCCGACCUGUCGACGGACAGGCUGCACCGCCGCCCCCUGUACUCCCGACAUUCGACGACUCACCACAAGACAUAUGGGCCGACACCGACAGCGGUGCCGAGACGCCGGCCCUGGUCAGUACCCAGACUACCACCUCUGCCUCUGCUUCCUCCGCAGGCCAGCAGCAACACGACGAUGACGGCCAUCCUCCUCUUCCGCCGCCGCCGCCCCCUGUGCUCCCGACUUUCGACGACUCACCACAAGACUUGUGGGCCGGCGAACCCGAGACGCCGGAAUCGAGGGGUCAGGACAUCAUCUCCCAGCUGGGCGUGACCCUGGCCGAGGCGCAACUCAGCAGCAGCGGCGGCAGCAGCAGCGGGACAUCGGUGUCGACUCUAUCUAGGACGACGUCGUCGCUCGCAGGCGGUCUGCACAGGCUUGACAUCCGCGGACUUCAUCAUCAUCCUGCCCAUCCGGCACCGCAACAGCAUCAACAUCACCCGUCGCUGCCACCGUUCCCCGGUGCUGCCCCCCGCCCCCCUCGCAAUGACAGCCUUGCUGCUUCUGCCGAGAUACGGGCGGCUACGCAGCCGGCAGCGGCACCCCUCCCCGCACCCCCCGGUGCACGACGACUCGACAGCUCGGACACGGGCGCGAGCAGUCGACGGUCCUCGGACUUCGCCGUGCCCAGAUGGCAGCCUGAUGUCGAGGUCACGUACUGCCCCAUCUGUCACACGCAAUUCAAUUUCUUCGUCAGGAAGCAUCACUGCAGAAAGUGUGGAAGGGUCGUCUGCAACGCUUGCUCUCCUCACCGGAUCAUCAUUCCCUACCAGUACAUCGUGCGACCCCCCGGAUUCGAUAUGCCCAUCUCGCAGGGCCUGCUUUUCGACGGUUUCGGUUCCGGAUAUUUCGACAUGAAUGGCAUAUCUGGGGGCGAGAGGGUGCGGCUGUGCAACCCGUGUGUGCCGGACCCCAACAUUGCACCCCCGCAGCAUCAGCAGGGACCGGGUGCCGUGCCGGGAACACCGGGAGCGGGGAGCGUGUCGUCGCCCUCGCCGUCAGUGCUGUCCCCCAGGAGCUCUCAUCAGAGAUCGUGGAGCAGCAUUGGGGAUGCCUAUGCGGCCGCGACGAGUAGCAGCCGAUUUGGCAUGGGGUUGCCGGGAAGCCACCAUGCGAACGAUAUCCUCCAAUCAUACGGGCCGAGGACCAGGAGCAUGACCGUGAACCCGUCAGGAAACGUUCUUUCAGGAGGGUCCCCCUCACCACGGAUACGCGCCAGCUCCAACGCCUACUACCCGUACGCGUCCACGGGACGGUACCCAGAAAGUGGCGGCGAACCGAGCACGUCGGUCCCCCCGCACGCGGGCCGUUACGGGCUCCCGACAUCAGCAUCGACGUCUGCCGUUCCAUCGUCGUCCCACCACGUCUACCACCAGCAGCGAGUUCUCCCGCCCACGCCUCAGAUUGCCGAGGAGGACGAGUGCCCGAUCUGCCACCGCGAGCUACCCCAGCGGCAUCUGGCCAACUUUGAAGCACUCCGCGAGUCGCACAUCACGUCCUGCAUAACGUCGCACAGCACAUAUGGAAACAGCCCCGGCGGCCGAUCGGGGGCGGGCGGCGGCGGUGGUAGCGGAGCAGGAGAAGGAGGUGGGGUGAUCCCACCCCGACGUACGGGCAUGUACUCGUACGCGGCGACGGAGAAGGACUGCAUCGACGACGCCGAGUGCACCAUCUGUCUGGAGGAGUUUACGGUGGGAGUGCCGAUGGCGAGGCUGGAGUGCCUCUGUCGGUUCCACAGGUCGUGCAUCUCGGCCUGGUUUGUCAAUCACCCUGGACGAUGUCCUGUACACCAACAUGACGGGUUUGGAUAUUAG